UGAGCUUUUGGUAAUGGAGACAGUGAAGUAAGGUUUGUUUUUUUGUCUUCUUCGAUAGACAUUUUUGUAUAUAUAUUUUUUUAAAUAGUUAUAAUGAGUACCAGUGAGGAGUCUUCGUGUGUGCGGAAGACUCCUACCAGAACGUUGUUGCUGACUGUUUGCGCAACUGGCGUCGGAGGAACAUUUCAAUAUGGAUACAAUAUAUCAGUUGUCAAUGCUGCCACAAAGUCUGUGCAGUCCUUCAUCAACGAGACAUGGAUUGACAGGUACAAUGUUAACAUAUCACCGGACAUGCUCACUCUCUUCUGGUCCAUCAUCGUCUCCAUCUUCACAGUCGGAGGGUUCGUCGGUUCAUUUGUUGGUGGGACGCUGGCCAUUAAAUAUGGGAGGAAAGGAGCCCUGCUGAUCAACAACGUCUUUGCCCUGUUAGGGUCUCUUUUCAUGGGCUUAAGCAGUCCUACGGGUGUGUUUGAACUGCUCAUGGUUGGGCGUUUUUUAACAGGUGUCAAUGCAGGCAUUGGGUUGUGUGUGCAACCCCUCUAUCUGGGAGAGAUCGCCCCCCGUGCACUGCGUGGAUCCAUGACUUUGGGCACAUCGGUCUUCAUCACUGGGGGCAUAUUGACUGGACAGGUGGUCGGACUGAGGGAACUGCUGGGGAGAGAGGGCUUCUGGCCUCUUUUGCUGUCCUCCGGCUGCAUCGCAGCAGUGCUACAGCUAAUCUCCCUGCCCUGGUUUCCUGAGAGUCCGCGCUACUUACUGAUCGACAAGGAGGACGAGAUGGCAUGUGACAAGGCACUGAUCCAGCUUCACGGUGAGGAUAAGUACCACGGGGAGAAGGCGGACAUGGAGCUGGAGCGUCUGGACGCCCUGGGGAUGAAACCCAUGAAGCCCUGGGAGAUCUUCUCCGACAAGAGCCUGCGGUGGCAACUCAUUACCAUCAUCUUCCUCAACACGUUUCAGCAGCUCAACGGAAUCAACGCUAUCUAUUUCUAUGCAGACUAUGUCUUCACUGCUGCCAGAAUCCCAGAGGAGAGGAUGCCUUACGUUACCCUGGGCACUGGGGCCUGCGAGUGCUUAACUGCCCUCACCUGCGGCUUGCUGAUAGAGUCGCUGGGGAGGAGAGUGCUCAUCAUCGGUGGAUACUCACUCAUGGCCGUGUGGUGCAUGUGCUUCACCCUCACCCUCACCUUUCAAGAGGCCAGUCCGUGGGUGCCGUAUCUCAGCAUGAUCUGUAUCUUUGCAUUCAUCCUCAGCUUUGGCUUGGGACCAGGUGGAAUCACAAACCUUUUGAUUGCUGAACUAUUCACUCAAGCUGGCCGUCCUGCGGCCUUCUCGAUUGGAGCGUCCUCUAACUGGCUAAGCUUUUUUGUAGUUGGGAUGGCAUUCCCAUUUAUUGUGCAAGGGCUCAAGCAGUACUGCUUCCUCGUCUUCCUGGCCGUGAGUGUCACCGUGGCCAUCUACAUAUUCUUCGUCGUCCCGGAGACCAAAAACAAAACCUUCCUGGAGAUCCACGCGGAGUUCCAGAACAAGAGAGAGAGUGAGAGUGAGAGGAGCAAAUCAGAAGGAGCUGAUGGAACAGCCGCUGACCUACUGUCCUCUUCCCAUGUAUGAGAGAGAGCUCUAUGAAGUUCAAGUUUAACAAAGAAAAAAACAUGUACAUUCGUCUCAAAAAGAUUCGGUGCAGGACUAGCAAAGUCACAUAAAGACUGAAAAUAAAGUCUGGGACACCAUCCCGUUUCUUUUACUGUAAUAUAGUGGCGUUUCGGGCAGCAUGCCCUAUUUCAUCAGACAUUACAAACACAUAAAAAACACUGUUUGAAUACCCAUGAUCCAAAAGGUGGUUCAACCCUUCAAUUUUUAUGUCUGAUGAAGGGCCCGCUGCCCGAAACAUCAGCUCCAUGAAGUUCCCACUUAGGCGAUUCUAGGGUCAGUUGAGGCUUCAAGUGAAAACCUCUAUACGUUAUUGAGUGGUCUGCGCAGUGCAGGAGCAGUAGCCUAAUUGUGAAAAGAGGUAGGUCUGCACAUGGCAAUUGUGCUCCAACAUUUAACUUUAUUUUAAUCACAACAUGCCAUUUUGAUUACACUGGGUAUUCAUCCCACAUUGGAUGUUGGGCUACUGUAUGUCUGAUAAAGAUCCUGUGUGUUCGAAAUGUUGCAUGCUUUAAUUGAAUAAGGUUUAAUUUUAGAGCACAACAAUUUCUGUGUGCAGCCUACCUCUUCUCUAAGUCUGACAAUGUUGUCUGGAACGUGCAAAACAGUUAGGGGCCUACUUUGGAUGUGCUAUUUUGUUGAAAUGAGCUCUUGAAAACUGUGUUGCUCACCAAAUAUUUGCCCAAAUGAUUCACUCUUUUCAACUUAUGAGGAAUAUAUUAUGAAUUGAUGCAAUUUAAUUGUCAUGAUUUUGCACAAUUAAGUCACCAAGAGGGAUGUUGAACACAAGGGGUGCUUAUUCCUUUAUAUAUAAAAAAUACAUUUAUUUUGUGCUAGGGCCUGUUUGCAUUUUAUGUGUGAUCAAAUUCCUCAAAUGAUCACAAUAUUUAUGUAGCCUACUUAUAAACAUUUAGCCUAGUAAAGAAAAUAAUCAAAGAUGCAUUUACAUUUUGGUCACAAAUAUAUGAAAUAAACCUGUUUUAUUCUUAUAUUAUAGGCUUGCAUGAUAGUGCACGUGCACUGGAGGGAAGUGACAAUAAAA